CUGGGAUAUAGUUCAUAAGAUUGGUAACUUCAUCUGGCUCAUUUUGUCAAACUUCUUACUGUAAAUACUGUAUAAAUCAUUGGUCACUAUCCACACAUUCAUGGUAGUUAUGCUGAGCCUUUGGUCGUGUCUAUGCUUUACACUUACAUGCGACUUAGGCUAUCAGAAUUCUAGGAUCGCAUUGAAAAGACUGGUCUAGACGCACAAGUCGCUUUGUGGUCUGUGUUCAGAUCUAGCUGACCACUUCCGGAGGUGGUCUGGGGAUUCUGCCUACCAGAAACGCAUGCAGUUGGCUACGUCAUCAGCACUCCUCCCACCUGUCUCGAACUUGGAAUGGGGCACCUGUUCAUAAUGUUAGGAAAUACCUACCUGUGAGGAACUUGUUUGCUGGCAUCAUGCUCGCUAGUAUUUAGAAAAACAAUUUUGUUUCGCUAACCAGUUUGCUAUCUCUUUAGAGCUACUUGCUGGGUUAGUUGGCUACUGCCAUCAGUUUAUCAUAUUUUGAAUAUAGCGCAGGAGAAAGGAAUCCGGACACUUAAGUGUAGGUGCAUGGCGCGUUCGGAAUUCCAUGAUAAAACUGAAUAUUAAACUGCAUGAACUGUCAAGUCUAGGCAUGGCCUGUUUCUCCUCGGACUUAUGAAAGUUGUCCAAAUCCUUUCCCGUAGAAGGGUAUCCUGGUAUCCUAGCAACAAUGCGAACGACGUCGAUGUGAAUGAACUUGCCUCUGAAAAGAUUGUUUACAAGCGCAAACGUUAUGGAUUAUGAAACUCCAAAGAAUCAGAUGCAUUCUCCUCGAAUUUAUGUGGAGAGAACUCUCGCGUUGAUCAAACCUGAUGCUAUACACCAAGCUGAGGAGAUUGAGGACAUCAUUCUCCGAUCUGGGUUCACAAUUUUACAGAAACGGAAGCUGCAGCUGAGUCCGGAGCAGUGCAGUGACUUCUAUGCUGAGCAGUAUGGGAAGCUGUUCUUCCCCAGCCUAACGGCCUUCAUGAGCUCUGGACCCAUCAUCGCCCUGGCUCUGGCCAGAGACCAGGCUAUCGCCCACUGGAGGACUAUCAUAGGACCUGUUAACUGCACCAAGGCCAGGGAGACUCACCCAGAAUGUCUGCGAGCCAAGUACGGCACCUCUGACCUGAGGAAUGCAGUGCACGGCAGCGACUCAUUCUCCUCAGCCGAGAGAGAGAUCAAGUUCAUGUUUCCCAACUCUGUGAUUGAGCCCAUCCCCAUGGGAGAGGCAGCCAAAGACUACCUGGGCAGGUUUGUGAGCCCCACGCUGCUCAGCGGACUCACUGAGCUCUGCAAACAGAAGCCUGUCGACCCCUUUACUUGGUUGGCAGAUUGGCUGGUCAGAAAUAAUCCCAACAAACCUCAAAUAUUUGAUGGGGCAACAGGGGAGGAAGCAGCAUAAACACAGACACCGGAAAACACCAUCUGCCUUUACCAGUUAAAUCCAUGUUCAAGAAACUGUUACAUAAAAUCCUGUGAUGAAAUAAAGAAUGAUAUUUUGACAACCGGAA